UUUCGUAUAUAAUUAAAAUAAACGAGAUCUACAAGAAAGAGACGCCUUGCACACGUCAUCAACGCCUCCAUAGACCGCCGGCGCACCGCCGCGCUGCUUCUCUCGCCCUUUUUAUUUACUGCUGCGUCUUCUUCUUGUGUUUUUUUGUUUUUGUUAAUCUGUGGUGGAGCAUCCAGUUGAGGUGUUUCUCUAUACUGGUGAUACGAGGAAUCUGAGGGGCCAAUGGAGGCGGCAGAUUAUCUGCAGCUUUUUGUGGAGGAGACGUCUUUGUACAACCGCAUUGUGCUCGGUUGGCUCCUGCCGUCGCGACUGUGGGAACCAUUGCCGCACUUUUUCCAGACAUGGCUCCGAAACUAUCUCGCUGGCACUCUUCUCUACUUCGUCUCUGGUUUUCUAUGGUGCUUCUACAUCUAUUACUUGAAGCGCAACGUUUAUCUCCCUAAAGAUGCUAUACCUUCAACAAGAGCUAUGCUCCUGCAAAUAUAUGUUGCUAUGAAGGCUAUGCCAUGGUACUGUGCUCUUCCAUCUGUUUCAGAAUACAUGAUUGAAAAUGGCUGGACGAGAUGUUACUCUAGAAUAAGUGAAGUCGGUUGGCUUGCAUACCUGGUGUAUUUAUCUAUUUAUCUUGUACUUGUUGAGUUUGGGAUCUACUGGAUGCACAGAGAGCUGCAUGACAUUAAACCUUUGUACAAAUAUCUUCAUGCAACCCAUCACAUCUAUAACAAGCAGAACACUCUCUCCCCAUUUGCUGGUUUGGCAUUUCAUCCGCUGGAUGGGAUUUUACAGGCAGUCCCGCAUGUAUUUGCUCUCUUCAUUGUGCCGAUUCAUUUUACCACACAUCUAGCACUCUUGUUUAUUGAGGCCAUAUGGACAGCAAACAUUCAUGAUUGCAUCCAUGCCAACCUGUGGCCUGUAAUGGGUGCCGGCUACCAUACAAUUCAUCACACAACAUACCGGCACAAUUAUGGCCAUUACACUAUAUGGAUGGAUUGGAUGCUCGGAACCCUUCGCGAUCCUCUGGAUGAUGCAUGUGGGAAGACGAAGUGAUGCACUUGCACCUGCCUUGACAAUGAUUUGGUGGAUAGGCUUCCAUUUUCAGUUGGACCUUUGAAUGUUAGCAUGUAAAUCUUGUCGGAUUGUUUGUUUUUCUAUCAUCCAUGAUCAGAAAAAUUACUAUCAUCCAUGAUCAGAAAAAUUUUUACUUUUUGAUUGUAAAAAAAGGUGCCUUUUCAUCUCCUCUUAAGUUUCUAUGAACUCAUUAUACAUUGUGGGACACUGUGGAGUCCAAAUCUCUGUUAAUCUAUAAGGCUGCUGCAUAUAUUCUGGUUGGACGGUUCUUUUUGGAUCUUAUUAUACUGAUUCCAUCUAAUUUAUUACAAUAUAUUUUCAUAAA